CCCUGUGUUUUUAUUUGUGCAACCGGGCACUCCUGGUAUGGCUGUUGUAGUUGGUGCUGGGGAAGGUGGAAGUUAAGGUUUUAGGUCUCACAGAGUGCAAAGCCAGGCCUUCCAGAGAUUUCCCCCCAACUCUACCCUUGACUACUAAAAGCCGUUCACCGGCCUAGUCAUCUUCCUGCUUCAGGGCAGGCCGCACACCCCCUCACCCUAGACUCAUUACUUUGGGGACCUGGGGAAAAAAUCCAGACGCCUGAGGUUCUGGCGGGAUCUGCGUGAUUUUGCUCGGGUAAAUGUUCAGAGCGCCGGCCAAUCCCGUGUCCGAGAACCCGGGCGCGGCGUCUCAGAGCCAGGCGCUCACCCCCGCGGCCUCCGACCCGCGCUGAGCUUGCUGGCGAGUCCUUCCCGGGCCGCGGCUCUGCACGGCGGGGGGUGGGGACGCCUACUUCCCCGCGAGCCCAGCUCUGCCCGCGGUGACUCAGACUCUUCACACUGCUUUGGGAACCAGUGACUUCAGCAAUGCUGCCCCGAUGGGAACUGGCUCUUUGCCUGCUUGCCUCCCUGGGCUUCCAUUUCUACUCUUUCUAUGAAGUUUACAAAGCCUCCAGGGAGCAUGAAGAUGAACUGGACCAAGAAUUUGAGCUGGAGACGGACUCUCUAUUUGGAGGAUUGAAGAAGGACCCGACUGACUUUGAGUGGAACUUCUGGCUGGAAUGGGGGAAACGGAGCCUGGUGUGGCUCUUCCUUGGCCAUUUGGCUGUGUCUCAGUUGGCCAUACUGCUCGCAAAGAAGCACAGGCCCUGGAUCGUCAUGGUCUAUGGAAUGUGGGCCUGCUGGUGUGUUCUGGGGGCUCCCGGAGUGGCCAUGGUCUUUCUCCACACCACCAUCGCCUUCUGUGUGGCCCAGUUCCGGUCAAUGCUCCUAUCCUGGUUGUGUUCUCUCCUCCUGCUCUCCACCCUGAGGUUGCACAGUGCGGAGGAAGUUAAGAGGAGGUGGUACCAGACAGAAAAUGAAUACUACCUGCUACAGUUCACGCUGACGGUGCGCUGCCUGUUCUACACCAGCUUCAGCCUGGAGCUGUGCCGGCAGCCUCCGCCUGCCCAGCGCGCCCCCUAUUCCUUCCCGUGGUUGCUGGCCUAUGUCUUCUAUUACCCUGUCUUCCACAACGGGCCCAUCCUCAACUUCCCGGAGUUCUUCAGACAGAUGCAGCACCCAGAGCUCAGCUCUCCGAAGCACAGCCUUUGCCUGCUCGCCAAGGGCCUGGGCCGCCUGCUCUGCUGGUGGUGGCUGGCCGAACUGAUGGUCCACCUCAUGUACAUGCAUGCCCUCUGCAGCAGCAUUCCCCUCCUGGAGAGCGUUUCCUGCUGGACCUUAGGAGGACUGGCCCUGGCCCAAGUACUCUUCUUCUAUGUGAAAUACUUGGUGCUCUUUGGUGCUCCGGCUCUGCUCAUGCGCCUGGACGGACUCACACCACCACCCCUUCCCCGCUGCGUGAGCACCAUGUUCAGCUUCACUGGGAUGUGGAGGUAUUUUGAUGUUGGACUACACAAUUUCUUAAUCAGGUACGUGUACAUUCCACUGGGUGGGUCCCAGCAUGGCCUUCUGGGGACACUGCUUUCUACUGCGAUGACGUUUGCAUUCGUGAGCUACUGGCAUGGCAGCUAUGAAGACCUCUGGUGCUGGGCAGCACUCAACUGGCUGGGAGUCACUGUGGAGAGUGGAGCCCAGAGGCUGUUGGAGAUGCCCUGCAUCCGGGAGACCUUGACCCGGUACCUCUCCCCGCGAGCUCGCCGUCGGCUGCAUGCUCUGCUGGCCUCCUGCUCCACCUCUAUGCUGAUCCUGUUCAACCUGGUGUUUCUCGGGGGGAUUCACGUUGGAAAAAUCUACUGGUACAGGAUCUUCCUGCAAGGCUGGCCAUGGGUGACCCUAUCUGUCCUGGGAUUCCUGUACUGCUAUUCACAUGUGGGUAUCACCUGGGCUCAGACAUAUACAGUUCUCUAAUGCUGCUGGUCCAGGUCAGCCUUGCGGUCAGCCUUCAAGGGACAUGGCAUUUCACUCCGACCUCUCACUCUGAGACCAUCCCUGAGGACCACCUUCCAUCUCCAGGACAAUCCUGAAGAAACAUUUUCCACUCCAGGACCCUCCCUGAGGGACCACCUUCUACUCCAGGACCAUCCCUGAGGGACCACCUUCUUCUCCAGGACCAUCCCUGGGGACCACCUUCUCACUCCAGGACCAUCCCUGAGGGACCACCUUCUACUCCAGGACCAUCCCUGAGGGACCACCUUCUACUC